AAGGUUUCAAUUAGAAUUCUCACAUAUAUAAAGUUAUACUCAUGUCAAUAUCGAACAUUCAGUUUUAUCUCAAAUGAAAAUAUUGAUAGUGUUUUUUACUUACAAUACAUUAUUGAUCGAUCAGAUUGUGGAGCAGCUUGUUCUGUGAGAUGCAGCCUGUCCUCAAGGCCGAGACUUUGCCAAAGGGCAUGUGGCACUUGCUGCGGUAGGUGCAAGUGCGUGCCACCUGGCACUUAUGGAAACUAUGAUAGCUGCCCUUGCUAUGGAAACAUGACCACCCGUGGAAACAGGCGCAAAUGCCCCUAGACUGUAAUUUGAUUGAAUACUUCAAGGUGUGAGGAUGCAUAUGUUUAUAUAAGUACAAAUUCAUCAAUUCGAUCCUAUAAUGGAAAGAAGAGUCGGGUUCCAAUAAAAAUGCUUGUUACAUUAUGUCAAUGUAACAGCGUCAUUUAUAUUUCAUUUAUGUUUGUUGUAUUCCUUCCUGUUAAUCUAUAUAAAUUCUAUGACUAUAUGAUAGUAUGAUACAUAUGUAAAUCGAGUGUCCUGCUUUCUUUCUAGCAUUGUAAUAAGUUUCGAAAAGGUUAUUUGAAUAAAUCUCACACUUGUAAGG